CCCGACCGUCUUGACACAGCAGCUGUUAAACCCGUUCUCUACUAGGAUCUAUCAUGGCCGAUCACGAUGACCACGAGGAUCUCAAGCCCACCGCGACCCCGGGCUACAAGCCCACGGCUGCUAAGUCGGUCGACGAGUAUGCCAAACUCGAUGCAGAGGAUGAGAGCUUGGCGCGGUGGAAGGCCAGCCUCGGCAUCGUCCCUGGUGUAGCCGCUGCCGGCUCUGGACCUAAGGUCACCCUCUUGGCCAUGGAGCUGAAAUCAUCAACGCUGCCCGCGGGCAAAGUCCUGAAGAUGGAUCUCACCGACAAGACUGCGGCGGCCCAGUCGAAGGACCACCCUUUCACCAUCAAAGAGGGCAUCGAAUAUAAUGUGAGGAUACAGUUCAAGGUUAACCACUCGAUCAUCUCUGGCGUUCGAUACAUCCAAGUUGUGAAGCGAGCUGGAAUCAAAGUGGAUAAGUCGGAAUAUAUGCUCGGGUCGUACGGCCCUCACCCGCAAGGUGAAGCAUCCACCAAAGACUUCGACACCGAAGAGUCGCCGUCCGGCAUGCUGGCACGAGGCACCUACAGUGUCCGGAGCCGAGUCGUUGACGAUGACGGCGAGAUCUACGCCGAUUGGGAAUGGUAUUUCAAGCUUGCCAAGGACUGGUAAAUCGCCCUUCAGGUCUGACGGCUGCUCGUCGACAUUGCUUAUUGGCGCCUCGUCGCUCGCAUAAUGGUUUCUGGUCUUCACCCGACGGAUCUCUGGCGCUUCCUGUCAUUUAUAUACUCGUUGCAAUCAAAUGUACAAUUCGUGGAACGAA